AUGACACAAGACGAAAAAGUUAAAACCUUAGCCUCAGAUGCUAGCUAUGCUUCAGAAGCGGAAACUAAUAAGCCCGUUAAAGACUUAAAGCAGCAAAUUGAUGAUACCUCGAAGAAGCAAACAAGAAAGAAGGGAAAUAAAGGUAAGAAAUCAAAACCGGAAGUGACACCCGAACAUAUUGCUAAAGUUCGUGCGGAAAGGGAUGCCGUGAGAAAGGCUAAGAGAGAUUCAUUGUUGGCUCGAGGUAUUGAUCCAGACUGCCCACCAGAAUUGCAUUUCAUCAAGAGGCCUUUCCUAUCGUUACAUGAGAAGGAGCCAGUGACGGGGUUUAGAUUUAAGCUGAUGACUUACAAUUGCUUGGCGCAAGCUCUUAUUCGUAGGAAAUUGUUCCCAGAUAGUGGCGAUGCCCUGAAAUGGUACAGACGUUCUAGAGUUCUAUUAAAUGAAUUCAAGCAUUACAAUGCCGAUGUCAUCUGUUUGCAAGAAAUUGAUCAUAUCCAGUUUCAAAGCUUUUGGAAAGAGGAGUUUAAUAAGUUGGGAUAUGAGGGGCAAUACCAUAGGAAUUCUACAAAGAAUCAUGGUGUUGCUAUUAUAUGGAGAAGAGACAUGUUUCAGCAAGUGGAUAAAAUGCUAAUUGAUUAUGACAAGGAAGUUUCGGGAAAUAUCCCCACAAGAACUACGACAAAUAAUGUGGGUUUGGUCUUGGCUUUGAAAUUCUCUGAAAAAGUACUGUCGAACUUAGGUAAAGCAUCAUCAAAAAAACGCGGUAUUCUGAUUGGAACUUCGCAUUUAUUUUGGCAUCCGUUCGGUACUUAUGAAAGAACAAGACAAUGUUAUGUUGUUCUAAAGAAAAUGGAAGAGUUUAUGCACCGAGUUAACGUUUUGCAGAAUGAAAAUGACGGAGAUUUAUCUCAUUGGUUUCCUUUUUUCUGCGGUGACUUUAACUCUCAACCUUUCGACACCCCAUAUCUGUCUAUGACUUGCAAGCCAGUGCAUUAUGAGAACAGAGCAAAGACCGUUAUUGAAUGUAGUACUUCAUUUAAAUUUUCAAAAGUACGGGAUGGUGAAGAGGGUGCAGAUGAAGAAGAGGGUGGGAAUAUCGAGAAAUUUGGUAAAGAUCAACCUGAGAGCCCCGUUCCAAAGGAUUUUCAUGCUAACGAAGAGCAAAUUGAACUGGUGGAUGAGAUGGCACAACUUCACAACUCAUUGGAUAUGAGAGCUGUUUCGUUAUAUUCCGUUGCCUAUAAAAACGUUCAUCCAGGAAAUGCAGGUCUUGAUAAUGAUAGGGGUGAACCUGAAAUUUCCAAUUGGGCAAACACUUGGCGCGGGUUGUUAGAUUACCUAUUUUAUAUUAAAAAAUGGGACCUACAAAGUAACUGUCAAAAAGUGGAUAGUCUUAACGACUUUGAAAAAGACAACGAAAUCAAAAUCAGAGGGUUUUUAAGGAUGCCUCCUGGUAGCGAAAUGACAAAGCAUGGACAACCCCACGUUGGAGAAUAUGCAAGUGAUCAUUUGUCCAUGGUUUGCGACUUAGAGCUGCAGUUAUAG